CUAAAACACGGAGUAAGUCGACAUGGAGAUGGCUUAAACUCUCAAGAGCUGGACUUGAUCUCUACACUAUACGACGCAGUCGUACGACUGUCUAACGUCGUGGUAGGGGACCUCCCUGACUGGUUCGCAGCGUCCGAGCGAGGAUGGUCUUUAGCUGUGAGAUCCCCAGCUGAGAGUGAGGAGAAAUGCGUGAGGCAGGCGGCGAUUUGGUCCGAGCUGCUUCAUUCGAACAUUCGCAAGUUUUACGGCGCUUACUACGUCGGUAGAGCGUCUUUUAUCCACGAACCCGGUCGCCGACUUGCUGAGAAGAGCGUCGUUACGUGGGAGGACCUGCUGGGUUGUGCUCGAGGCCUGCACUACUUACACGAGCGGGGGAUUGUGCACCAGAACUUGUCGGAGAACCACCUUCUGUACUCGAAUUUCUACCGACGAGGGUUCUUGAGCGGCCUAGAUUUGGUGGGUCUGGGCGCGAAAGGUACCAAUACUCGUGGCCAAGUCUUGGAUAUCCGAGCUUUUGGCUGUGUGAUCUUUAAGCUUCGCUACUUUAAGGUCGGGGAUCAACUUCCCGAGGUACGGCCCGAAUUUGUGCUGGAGGAUGAA